AUGGAUGUUCGUUCCAAGACUGGUGACGCUACUGCUAGUGUCUUGCAUGACCGCGGGAAACCGCCUGACCCGCUGAACAAUUUUGCUAAUAAACCGACCGACCUAGAUGGAUCUGAUUACUUGAAUGAAACGGUGGGUGAGGAGAUGCCUACACCGGGUACAGCACCAAUUCGUGGGAUCGGGUUACGAGUUACUAACAUUGAAGGCAACCCUCUACUUCCGAGAAGAGGUAUGUUUUCUACGUCGAAUGUAUCGGUUUUGGAUGGGUUGAUGAGUAUUUCUAAACCUGUGGAAAACUUAUUUGCUGCUGGAGUAUCUUCGUCGACGACUAGCAAGGAUGAUAAUGCUGGUCAGUGCCAUGAGACUCUUUCGUUUGCUAAUGUGGUCCAAAGGAAUAAGGCGGAUGUUAAAGUGAAUUUUCGUUCCUUAGAGACGAGUGAGAAACAGGAUGGGUGUGAUGUGGUCCUUUCUAGGGAAUCGGUCAAAGUUGUGCAUGAUAAGCUUGCUAACACGCUAUAUGGGUAUUUCUUGGGGGACCGGGUUGCUUUUCCCGUGGUGGACUACUUUGUCAGAAAUAAUUGGAAGCGGUAUGGACUGCAGAAGUCAAUGAUGAAUGCCAACGGCUUUUUCUUCUUCAAAUUUGCUGAUCAAGCAGGUAUGCAAAAGGUUCUUACUGAGGGGCCAUGGAUUAUUCGUUCACAGCCGUUAUUUUUAGAAGUGUGGUCGCCAUCGUUAAAGCUUGAGAAAAAAGAAGUGAAAAAGGUUCAGGUUUGGGUAAAAUUCCAUGAGGUUCCUCUAGCGGCGUAUACGGAGGAUGGUUUAAGUCUAAUUGCUACAACUAUUGGUGUGCCAAAGGCUUUGGUUUCGUUCACCACGUCUAUGUGCGUUGAUGGUUGGGGGAGAAGCAGCUAUGCUCGGGCUCUGGUAGAAAUUUCAGCAGAUUCUGAACUGAAAGAAGAGUUAACGAUUGCGGUUCCUUGUCUUGAUGGGGAUGGGUUUGUAAAGGAGAAGGUCUACGUUGAAUAUGAAUGGUGUCCUCAUAGGUGUGGCCGAUGCUGUGUUUUCGGGCACACCCAUGAAAAUUGUCCUCUGCAGGCGCCUAGCGUGUCAAAAGAUAAAAAACAACAACAUAAGGGUCCGGGUUAUGAUAGAAAGAUGAAGCAGCCGGUUCAGGAUCCUGGUCCGUCAAAGAGGCAAUCUACUGUGGAUGACGAUGGGUAUACUACUGUGCUAGGAAAGAAGGCAGCGAAAAAAGUGGGUUUUAAUGUCAAUAAACCGAAGCCAAAAUUUGAAUAUCGCCCAGUUUCUACUAAUCGGAAAGAUAACGGGAAGUCUAAAUCGGAAUCAACUAAUGUGGUGUCUCGAAAUCCUUUUGAUGCUUUGAAUGAAGUGAAUGAGGAACAAGGCCAUAGUAGUAAAUCGGCUGGAGAUGGUAAUGACCCGAGUGCUAAUGAGGAACCGGAUGGGGGUAGGCCAGAUCCGGCCCAAGUAAAUCUGGAUGAUGAUGAGCUUGUUGAUGAUUUUUACGAAGCGGAUGGCUAUGAAAUGGAUGGUUUUUUGAGGCAAGGAACUAUUAACACUAAAAAAGGGGCAAGCACUCCUUCUUCAUCGGUGCUCAAUGCAAACUACUAUAUUAGUCGGAGGGAUUUGUGGAAACAGCUUUCUUUGCAUAAGAAUUUUGUUUGUAAUGAACCUUGGGUCAUUCUAGGUGAUUUUAAUUCGGCGUUGAAUCUUGAGGAUAAAUCUAUGGGUUGUUCCUCGGUGUCCCUGAGCAUGAAAGAAUUUCAAGAGUGUGUGGAUGAAAUUGAGAUGGUAGAUAUAAAACGCACUGGUAUCCAUUUCACGUGGAAUCAGAAACCAAAGAAAGGGAUUGGGCUAAUGAAAAAGAUAGACAGAGUUAUGGGAAAUCCUCAUUUUAUAGAAAAGUUUCCGAGUGCUUUUGCUGAUUUUCAUCCUUCUCGGUUAUCGGAUCACUGCUCGUGUGUGGUUAGCGUCCCGGAUAUGGAAAAUAGAAAACACCGGCCUUUUAAAUUUGCUAAUUUUCUGGCGUAUAAACCUGAUUUUUUGCCGAUUGUGGAGAAGGGGUGGGGUAUGUCCAUUGAUGGAGUGUAUCAAUUUUCAGUUGUUAAAAAGCUUCGUCUGUUGAAAUCUCCGUUACGUGCGCUGCUUUAUCAUCAAGGAAACUUGCAUAAAAAAGUUGAAGAGCUUAGAGUUAAGCUUGACCGUAUUCAGUGUGAUAUGGAUAAAGAUCCGUCUAGUCUUACGCUGCGAGAGGAGGAAGCUAUUACUAGAAGUGAUUUUCAAACCGCGUUGUUAGACGAAGAGAGGUUUUUGAAGCAAAAAUCUAAAGUGGACUGGUUAGCGGCCGGGGAUAUGAAUACGGCCUUCUUCCACUCGACACUCAAGAAUAGAGUUCACUAUAGCCGUAUUGAGGUGAUUCGUGAUGUUCGAGGGAAUGUUUAUACGGAUGAGAUGGUUUCGGGAGCUUUUGUUGAUCACUAUGAGCACUUUUUGGGCUGCCCGGGUAAUCCGACUAUUAGUCCGACUCCUGAUUUGUUCUCUAAAAAGUUAGAGAGGGAUGUUGCUCGCCAUAUGGUCCGUCCGGUUACUCCUGAUGAGGUUAAAAGGGCAAUGUUCUCCAUGGGUUCGGAUAAAGCCCCUGGUCCUGACGGGUUUACAGCGGGUUUUUUUAAGAAUGCAUGGCCUAUUGUUGGUGAUGAGGUAUCAAAAGCUGUUAUAGAUUUCUUUGCUACAGGGAAACUUUUAAGGGAAUUAAACCACACGCUUAUUGUUCUUAUUCCCAAGACAUCCUCGCCAUCUGUGGUUACGGACUAUCGUCCGAUUGCUUGCUGUAAUGUGCUAUACAAGUGUAUUAGCAAGAUUGUUGCUGACAGGAUCAAAGGAGUGCUUAAUGACAUUGUGAGUGUCAACCAGUCGGCUUUCGUUCCAGGUAGAAAAAUUUCCGAUAACAUUCUGUUAACUCAAGAGUUGAUGCAUAAUUAUCAUAGAAACAUCGGCCCCCCUAAAUGUGCGUUUAAAGUGGACAUCCAGAAAGCUUACGAUACUGUUGAUUGGGCGUUUCUAAAGAACAUUUUGGUGGGUUUUGGGUUUCAUAGCAGCAUGGUUCAUUGGAUCAUGGUUUGUGUUUCCACGACCACGUUUUCGGUUUGUAUUAAUGGUGAUGUUCAUGGUUUUUUCAAGGGUAAGAGGGGGUUGCGUCAGGGAGAUCCUAUCUCUCCAUAUCUUUUUACCCUUGUGAUGGAGAUCCUCACGGCUAUUCUUCAGCAGACGGUAAGGAUAGACUCUUCGUUUAAGUUCCAUAUCAGGUGCGAACGUCAGCAGAUUAUAAACCUGUGUUUUGCGGAUGACUUAUUUAUUUUCGCUAGGGGCGAGAUUGCGUCGGCUAGAUGUAUAAUGAAAGCGCUCAAUUCUUUUUCUAAGAUGUCGGGUUUGGCGCCUAAUGUCCAGAAAAGUACAGUAUUUUUCUCUAAUGUUCCAUCGUUUGUUAAAACUGCUAUUCUGAAUAUAAUGCCGUUUAUUGAGGGGUCGUUGCCAGUGAGAUACUUGGGAGUUCCUCUUAUAUCGUCUAAGUUAUUGUACAAAGACUGCCAGGUGUUGGUGGAGAAGCUUGGAAAACGUAUUAUGCAUUGGAGGAAUAAAUUACUUUCGUUUGCAGGUAGACUGCAACUUAUUACUUCGGUAUUGUCUUCUCUGCAUGUUUACUGGUCUUCAGUGUUUAUCCUGCCUGCUCGAGUCGUCUCUAGCCUGGAAGCUUUGAUGCGUAAUUUUCUAUGGUCUCAUGACAGUUCGUUCCAGAGGGGCAGGGCAAAGGUUUCUUGGAAUACUGUUUGUGUUCCUAAGUAUGAGGGUGGGUUGGGGAUUCGUCGUAUUGGUGAUGUUAAUAAGGCCCUUAUCUCUGCGCACAUAUGGAGCAUUUUAUCUAAACGUGAAUCGUUAUGGGUUGAUUGGGUUCAUUCGUACAGGUUACGAGGUAAAAGUUUCUGGGCUUGUAAUACCCCUUCUUCUUGUUGCUGGUCGUGGAGGAAAAUUAUUCAACUUCGGCCGGAAAUGAGGAGUUUUGUUUGGGCUGAGAUUGGGAAUGGUUUAUCGACUUCAGCUUGGUUCGACUCGUGGAGCAAUAUAGGUCCGUUGUUUCAAUUUUUUACUCCGAGACAAAUUGCAAAUGCAGGUUUCAGUUUGGAUGCCAAGGUGGCUGAUUUAUGGUUAAAUUCUUCGUGGGGUUGGCCGAUUGAGUGGAGACAUCGUCUCCCGGCUCUUAAUCAGAUUGAUACUCGAUCUAUUCAGCCGGCUAAGGAAGACAAGUUUUUGUGGCGUCAAGGGGAUCACCUUCAUGAGUUUUCAACGGCUCGGGCUUGGGAUUCCUUUAGACAUCGAGAGGUGGAGGUAGAGUGGUGCCGUAUUGUUUGGUUCAGUCAAUGCAUCCCUCGCCAUGCGUUCUUAAUGUGGCUUAUUAUGAGACGUAAGUUACUCACUCAAGAUAAGAUUUUAAGCUGGGAUAUCUCGCGGAGAAAAAACAUGAACAUGAUGUGCUGUUUGCUUUGUUACGCAAAUCAUGAUUCUCAUAACCAUCUGUUCUUCGAGUGUAAAUUCUCGGAUCAGGUUUGGCACAAAGUUAGACAUAAAGCGGGUAUGGAGUCGGUUGCUUCUAAGUGGGAUGACAUUGUUAAUUGGCUUGUAACUCGGUCCAGGUCGAAAUCAGCUGGAAGCUAUGUUGCAAGAUUAUUGGUAGCCGCCACUGCGUAUCUCAUUUGGCAGGAGCGUAAUGCGAGAUUAUUCAAGAAUGAGUUGAGACCACCAGAAGCUAUUAUUGAUCUUAUUUUCCAACAGGUCCGAUAUAAAUUGAUGGGAGCGAAGCUAAAGAAUUGUGAAAAUGUCCGAAGGCUUCUUGGCGAAUGGGGAAUCAUUGGAGUUAACCUUCAUGAAGAUGGUGGCUGA